AUGGCUUGGCAUAGCGAUGAAGCUGUUGAGAACAAUCUCAAAAAAUGCUAUGAAGUUGAUAUUGAUUGGGAUUUAGUCCCAAAAAAGCUGCAAGAUGUAAGUAUUCAUUGUUUUCUAACAAUACCUACGCAGCACAGUGGUUAUGUGUUUGUUUGAUAUUCUCCUCAGCUCUAACUAUUGUUUAAACAUCCUUUUUUCCUUUAUUACAACAGCUUUGUGAAUUCUGGGGCAAAACCAUGAAGCAACGCAAAACUACUGUUUUACUUGGCAUCUUGUCUCUUGUUUCUCUCAUGCUGGGGCACGCAUCACUUCAUGUGAAAGAUGGUUGGGAAGAACCUAUUAACCAACCCUAUAACAUCGUGCCAGAGCCUACUGCCCAGCCUCUUUACUUUGCCACCGCGUAGCUUUCAAAUGACGUCAUUUCGCCAUCGGUAAAAUUUCUGUCCGACCGUAAACAAGCUUGUCCGAUGGAUCCGAUCGAUCGAUCGGACCAUCUGACAUUUGCCACUAACAUCGUGCCAGAGCCUAUUGCCCAGCCUCUUUACUUUGCCACCGCGUAGCUUUCAAAUGACGUCAUUUCGCCAUCGGUAAAAUUUCUGUCCGACGGUAAACACGCUUGUCCGAUGGAUCCGAUCGAUCGAUCGGAAAACCUGACAUUUGCCACUAGCAUCGUGCCAGAGCCUACUGCCCAGCCUCUUUACUUUGCCACCGCGUAGCUUUCAAAUGACGUCAUUUCGCCAUCGGUAAAUUUUCUGUCCGACCGUAAACACCCUUGUCCGAUGGAUCCGAUCGAUCGAUCGGACCACCUGACAUUUGCCACAAACAUCGUGCCAGAGCCUACUGCCCAGCCUCUUUACUUUGCCACCGCGUAGCUUUCAAAUGACGUCAUUUCGCCAUCGGUAAAUUUUCUGUCCGACCGUAAACAAGCUUGUCCGAUGGAUCCGAUCGAUCGAUCGGACCAUCUGACAUUUGCCACUAAUAUAGCAUCGUUUAAAACAUGGACACUUAGAGAAAAAAACAUUGGAAAAGUAUAACGGUCCGACUUAUUUGUCAUGCGUGACUGUUCCAAUAGUUCUUAUAUUUAUGUUAUGAAUUAAUAUCACGUUAUGCUCUAUUUGUCUACGUGUAUUUCUCCAUCGGACAAGCUUUUUUCCGACGGUAGACAUUUUUGUCCAUCGGAUCAAUCGGUAGCACAUGUAUGAUGGAUUUCUCCAUCGGACUCCGAUCGUGGGUAUUGGACAUCAAUCCUGAAGCCGGGCAUUUCUUUGUGGGUCUGGGGGCAUGUGGUUGCCCUCUCGAUUUUUAAAAUUUUUGUGUCUUUGAAAAAUGGCAUUUCCAGCAUUUUGGGAGUAAUUUUGAGCAAAUGUAGUUAUAAACAUGUUUUUAAUGGCAUGCUAACAACAUUGAAUUUCUAUAACUAUUUUUUUGCUGACCCAAAUGGGAAAAUUGCGACCGCAAGGUAAUUGGGAAAACCGUGUUUAAUGCGGAAUUUUUGACUGUAGCUAACACCCUGAUAGGUCUUUCAUAUGAGCACUAUGUACAAGUGUAUAAAUAUACACUUGUAUGUAGUACUCAUAUGAAAGACCUAAAUACUGGACAGCUGUAAUCAAUGAAGUUAAUUUUCAAAUUAUUUGAAAGAUGAUUUCUUUCUUCUUUUAGCCCCAGUAACACCAAGUAUUGAAGACUUAAUGAAGAAAUCCCUCACACUGGACAAUCAAUCUCCAAGCUCUGGCAAGAGAUUCGAGAAACCCAAAAUAACAAAAACAAUCAAAGCCCAGCCGAGUCACUUUGCCGAGUCAGUAAAAGCUAGUAAAUUUGAAAACAUAGACUCACUCUCAGAAAUGUUCACUAUCCCGCAAGCUGCUUUAGCACAACCUGUGGAGCGCAGUGUACCAAUAAGCCAUGUGACUGCGAACAGCAGCGAUGAUUGGUCAGAUUUUAGUAGUGCUACAGAAACUGUUUUUCAAGAGCAGAAUCCAUCAACAGGACAUGCCCCUCCAAGUCCAGGACAGAGGCUUUCUUUUUCAUCCAUUCAGAAUCCGUCAUCAGGACAAAGAGACCCAAUGUCCAGUCUAGGGCUUCCAACUUCAGAAUCAACAACAUUCAAUUGGGAAUCCGGGAAUGAGGGUCAUUUUAAUACAUUGCAAGAGCCUAGGGGUGAAAUGGGUACUAUAUUUUCACAAUCUGUUAGUAAAGCACAGACUGGAACUAUGUGGAUACCCCAUGUUCCAAGUGGACCAGAUGGGAUGUUGGUUGGUGUGAAUACACCUGUGUCACAGGGGAACUCUGGACAAGGGAUUCUCAGCAGAAGUGACUUUGGGGAUUUUCAAUCUGACGUUCCAAGGAAUGAUGCCUUGUCUGCAGCUGUCCAAGUUCAAGGUUGGGAACAUUUAGUCACAUGUGAGAACAGUGCUAUUAGUUUGACUCUACCAAGCACUGCAAGUUUACUUCUAGUUGGUACUCCAGUUAAGUUUCCUCCUUUUGUAACACAGAACCAAUAAGGCCCAUAUGGGUAUUACUGUGCCUUUAGUAUAAAGUUAGUUUAGAGUACAGUAGGUUUCCUCCUGUAAUUAUGCUGGAUCAAUAAGGCAAUAAGUUGUUUGGCAUUUACUGGACCUCUGGGGAGAACAGUUUACUGUACAUGUACAAGUGAUAAAGCUAUCCAAAUUAAUAUAAAUAAAAUUAGAUUAUUUAACCCAUUAAGCUGCAGAGCUUCCCCAGUGACAAGUAAAAUCGUAUGGCGUUAGACAAGUAAAAGAAAUAAGUAAGGCGCACUGGGGAGCAUUGCGGCUCAAUAGGUUAAAUUUGAUUAUAGAUAGUUUAUUUUAGGUUUAACUAAGGUUUCUCAUUAUUUUAUUUUAGUUUCUUCUGAGGUUAGCCAAGAAACUCCUGUAGUUGAUCCAGAACAUGCUAUCUAUGGAGUUUCCCUUCCUGACUGGAGUAAAAACACAAACAUGUUGCCUGCUGUCUAUAAACAGAUCCACAAAAUGUGUUCCUCGCCACCUAAUGACACCAUAAGUACUAGCCAAUUAUAUCCCAUCUUGCUGUCAUCUGAUCUACCACGUGAUAAACUGGGCUAUAUAUGGUCAAAGUGCAACAAAGCUGUCCCAGGGGAAUUAAAUGAACAGGAACUGUAUCUUAUUCUUGGUAUGGUUGCUUUGGCUCAG